GAGCCAGUUGCGCGUUUAACAUCGCGCCGUGCGGAUCCGCGUUGAAAAUCUCUUGCCGAUUUUUUCAAAUUUUAAACGAGAUUCGUUAAUAGAUCAAUGUAAUCUUAUCUGUCUGUAAUAAUCGUAUUUCUUUUAUUAAAAGCAAUAUUAAAUGAAUUAAUUUUUGUAUCAGAGAUGCAACACUGCCGAUCGAAAAAAUCUUCACGAUUUUUCCUGCCGUUGUAAUUCAAUUUUGUACAAGCUGUGUUGGUCCUUUUUGUUUUCUCAACCAGUCACAGUGAUAAUUUUUUUUUUUUCAUUAUUCCGUACGAUUGGCACGGUAGAUUUAUAUGAAAACAAAAAUCGGCAAGGUGUUAACGAUUUUUUUGACUUAUUCUCAAUCACUCCUGGUUAUUUGUGACGAAUCGUUGUAGUUCCUUAGAGUUCGGAAUUAUACACAGCGAUUUUAAUCCGAGACGCAUUAUGAUCUAAUCCAAAGGAUAUUCACUAUUCAUAAUUUUUUAAUUGGCAAUCCUUUCACGAAUCUUCACAAGGAAACCAAUACAAGAAAUAACAAUGAUGCUGCUUAAGAGCUUCUUUCGGAGGAUCAUCAAGGACUUCCGGCAUAAGGAGCUACUUCCUCUCAAAUUAAUAUUCUUCGUCCAAGCAUCAACUCUAUACGUACUUUAUCCAUAUUUAACAAUCCACAUGAGAGAGCUGGGCAUAAAUGUAGAGGAAACUGCCAUUAUGAGUGCUGUAACUCCUUUUGUUGCCAUUGUGAUGCCUCCAUUGGCAGGUCUACUGGCGGAUCGUAUAGGAAAUUUUAAAAUUUUAUUAUCAUUGUUCUCGUCACUAGGAGGAGGUGCGGCGCUUCUGCUACUGUUAGUUCCGGUUGGCAGAGUGACAGUGCAAUUCCCGGAACGUGUUAUCAUGGACCUCAGUUGUCCCUUGAAUAACGAAGGACUGUUAUAUACCAUGAACCAGAAUUAUCCUUGCGAAACGAAACUAGCGCCGGAAGUCAACACGAGGCUAGAGAGUUGCGGAUACAUUUGCUAUGUCGAUUUGCAUGACGACUCUGAGGUGGAGGCUAUACUUAUGUCACGGUCGUAUGUGGUAAAACAUUACGAUUUGUCGACUGGCCUUAAUUCUUCAUACAAGUACACGAUUUCGAAAGCUGACUUGCCCAAGUAUGUUACGUACACAGACGAUAUAAGGGAGCACAGAAAGUUGACAAACAAUGAAUUUUACAAAACGUCAAUUCGACAACUGUCAAAAAGUACUUUUUAUUUUCCCACUGGUCAGCUUUAUGACUUUUCAUGUACCGACUUUGAAAAUGAUAUGAGCGUUUUCAACAAUUCCACUUUUGUAUCAAAUCGGGAAUUAACGGACUUACACAAUGGAAAUGACACCUUCUGUACUUUCGGAAAAUCCGAUGAAAAUGAAAAGUACAAUCAAACGCGCGAAAUAAAUUAUUACUCGUACAAAUCAAAGAUGACAGCGCUGGAUCCAACCGACAUAGAUAAAUUUGAAAAUAAAAGAAGAUACAUGGUGGACGAGAUUGCCUGGAACGAUGACAAUUUCCGGAAACCAAAGUGCGACAAACCAGUUGCAUUGGGACAUAAAGUAGCUCUGAGCUUUUCAUUAAUCAAUUACACAGUUUCACCAGAACCCUACAAGUUUUUCUACCUUGAAGGAUGUAGCAAGCGUUGUAUUUUAACGGCCCCACGCAAGGACGUCUGUUCGAACAAGGAGAUGGAAAUUGAGUAUGACGUACAACUGACGUUUUGGCUUUAUCUUGCAAUCAGAGUUUUCAUUGGUAUGAUCGGCGGCACUGCCUUCGCCAUGUUCGAGGGCGCUGUGAUCGCUAUUUUGCGUGAACAAAAAGCUGAUUACGGAUUGCAAAGAAUAUAUGGUAGCAUCGGCGGUAUGAUUUCAUCCCCUUUGUCGGGUUUAUUGAUUGACUAUGCUAGUCGUGGAAAAGGAUAUACUGAUUUUAGGCCUGCAUUUUAUCUCUAUGCAGGACUGAAGCUUGCUUCUGGUCUUCUUAUGCUGGCGAUAAACCUUGAAUUUAAAUCGCCCGCCAGUAACGUAGUCAAAGACGUAGUUAGCGUUUUGAAAAAUAUCGAACUUGCCGCGCUGUUCAUCGCUUGUUUUGUUUUAGGUACUGCCUGGGGUUACAUUGAGUCCUUCCUCUUUUGGCUUCUACAAGAUUUAGGAGCAUCCAGAUCACUCAUGGGUAUUACAAUAACUGUAGGUGGCAUAGCUGGUAUCCCGUUGCUUGUUUUGUCUGGCCCAAUCAUCAACAAGAUAGGUCAUGCCAAUGUUCUCUUCAUUGGCUUUAUCUUUUACGCUGUUCGACUUGUGGGAUAUUCUGUGAUUUACAAUCCCUGGCUAUGCUUAAUUUUUGAAGCUUUGGAAUCUGUUACGUCAUCUUUAAGUUUCACUGCAGCUGUGACAUAUGCGGCUAAACUGUCAAGCACUACUACGGAUAGUUCCAUACAAGGGUUACUUGGUGGGCUCUAUUACGGCGUUGGCAAAGGAUCGGGAAGCUUGAUCGGCGGAUAUUUGAUGAAGGCAUUAGGCACUCGACCGACUUAUCAAAUUUUCGCGGCGGUGUCUUUGAUAACAGGACUGAUGUACUUCAUCUUCAAUGCCGCUUACCUGAAAAAGCGUCCUCAGGUAGAGGGUAACGAUAUAGUGAAGAAGAAGCCAAAGAAGCCAAAAGAUCAAGUUGAAUUAGAAGGUGGCGAAACGGUAGUUGGCAACGUUGACAAGGGCAAAAUUUACGCAAUCGAUAAUGAAGCCUUCAAGGAGGAAGAGAAGUUAGAUGCUGGAUCUAAGGAUAUUGAGAUAUUGAAUAAUGCUAAAAAUCUUGGGAAAACGGACAAAACGAAAAGUAUCGAGAAAUCGGGGGAAUUGGAUUCAAUUAAAUUGAGGAGUCAGUCAAAUUUAGAUAAUUCUGCGAGAAGACGAAAUUACGAGGGUGUCACGAAUUCGAAUUUUGAAAAUGAUGUCGGUGACAAGUGUGACGUCAUUAUCGAGAAGGAACCUGAUGAUAAAAAGUAGAUAAUUAUUUUUGUAUUCUUUUCGUUUCUGACUCACAAAUAAUAAAGUGUAUGCAGAGAUUUAUUACUUUUUGGUUCAAAAUAAAGAAAUCGUUUUUGACGAAAAGCCAAUCAUAGAGUUUCUAGCGCCUGAUCAUAUUGUGUACAGUAAUUGUUAUCCAUAGGCGAAGUUGAAAACGUUCACAAGUGUUAAAUAUUUAAUUAUUUAUGUAUAUUAAAUAAUAUAUAUAAAUGUGCGACAAUUGAUUUGUAUAACGCAUGUGAAAUUUUUUGUUUCAUUAAAAACCAUAUUUAUGUUUAUGUUCGUUCCAAAAAUAAAACAAGGUAUUGAUAAUA